AUGGGUUGUGCCGCUGUCAACCGUGUUCCUCGGCGUGGGGUAUUGUUUUGGGACCUAGCAUAUAUCCUCAUGACGCGCCGGAGUCUCAAGACACGGUCUUAUGGUAUGCCGAUUCUUGGUCUCGCUAUAAAUGUCGCGUGGGAGGUCAUAUACGGUUUCUAUGUGGCCGAGAUCUGGCUUGAAAAACUGGGCUUCAUCUUCUGGCUGCUGUUAGAUCUAGGCCUAGUCUACACCACGAUUCGAUUUGCUCCGGAGGACUGGGCAACCACUAGUCCCUGGGUGGGCCGCAAUAUCACCUAUAUUCUUGCAUCCAUGUUGCUUGUAGGAUGUUGGGGUCAUCUCGCGUUUGCCUCAUGGUGGCUGGAGAGUCCGGGUACCGGGUUCGGGUCCAAGGCUGGCAAAUGGUGGCGAGGGCAGGAGGGCUUUGACACAACGGAGCUCGCUUACUGGUCAGCUGGGGUUUCUCAAAUGGUCCUAAGUGCUGCAAGUCUAGCUAUGCUAAUGGUGCGCGGCCAUUCGGGGGGCACCAGUUACGCGAUUUGGUGA